CCUCUUCCCUUUCGAAGAUCCCAGAAACAAGCGGACUUAGACUAACAUCGCCACCAGUGUUUCAUAAUUCAACAUAACCUACCAGACUUUUACGACAAACCAGGCCAGUAAUUUCAGGAAGGAUUUUGUGUCGCGUGGAAGACACUCUUUCUGAUUACCACAACAGUCAUUAAUACAUUUUAGCAUCAUGAAUGCAGUUAAUCCAGUUAUUCUGGCAACCCUCUUUUCAAUAGUUCUGACUGAGAAGUCACCUCGACUAAAAUUUACUGUGCAAGAGCCAGCAAGGUUUCACUUUUCAAAACCAGAGAACUACAUGACAGUGUACCACCAGCGUGGGAGUGAUGUUCUCUACGUGGGGGGCCAAGGUGUAAUUUACAUGCUUACAUUCACCCAUAAAGGAGUGCAAGAUACACAGAUACCUGUAGUGACUGAUGAAUCUGCCAAACAGAAAUGUCUUUCCAGAUCAGUACCUCUACAGCUCGAGUGUGAUAAUUUCAUCACUGUUAUUGAGAAAGUCAAUGAGACCUUUGUGGUAUGUGGGACAAAUGCAGGUAGUCCUCAGUGCUGGCUACUGGUGAAUAAAACUGUACUCACUGACAUACCCAACAAUACACAGAGGAUAUCAGCCUCAGAUAUCUCACCUCCCUUCCCAUCACAGCGUUCUGUCAGUCUGUCAGCAGAUGGGAGUCUGUAUUCAGCUCUGUCAGCAGUGCCAAAGCAGUCUAGCUCUAUCCGUCGCACCUACAGCUCCAGCAAGCUGCUGAAGACUGAUAGCAAAUGGCUUCUGGACCCUCAGUUUGCUGGUGCUGCAAUUAUUCCUGCCACACAGAAAUACAAUGAGGAGAUCUACUUUUUCUUCAGUGAGGUCAACAAGUCAGCUGCUUUGGAUGAAGAACCAUACAAGGCUCGAAUUGGACGAAUCUGCAUGAAUGAUGAAGGGGGCAUUAAGAAUAUGCUGCCAGACUCUUGGACUACAUUCCUAAAGGCACGCGUGAUGUGUGGGAUAGGUAGUACCCCUCAGCAGUACAACAACAUCAGACAAGCUUUUGUGCUGACCUCUCAGCAUCGCAUUGGCGUCAUCUAUGGGCUUUUCUCCAAUGCAUGGCAUACUACUGUAGUCUGCGCCUACUCCAUUGAAGAAAUUAAUGAGGCCUUUGCUAAAUCUAAGCUUAAAGGCUACAACAGCCCACUCACUGGACACCGGCCUGGAAUGUGUGCUUCUAAGAAUAAUACAGCAGCUCAGAACCCAAAGACACUAGGAGUGAUCAUGAAUCACCCCGAGAUUGAGGACGUGAUCUGGCCAGUAGGGGGCGCUCCUCUGGACCUGCCCACUGAUGACCACUUCACACACAUAGUGGCAGACACCGUGCUGGCUGUCAAUGAUGAGCACUAUAGCAUUAUUUACCUGGGCACAGAGCAGGGUAAAGUCUUAAAGGUGCUCCAUACCAAUGAGGAAGCUUUCAUCAUAUCCCAGUAUUCUCUGUUCCACAACGAGGGACCCAUCAUUAGCAUGGCCAUCGACUCUCAAAAGGGUCACCUUUAUGUUGGCACAGCGAUGGAAGUCCAGCGCCUUCAGCUGGCUGACUGCAAUCGCUAUGGAAACAGUUGUCGUGAGUGCAUCCUUUCGAGAGACCCUUACUGUGGGUGGGAUCUGGCCAAAAAGAAGUGCAUGGCAAUUCCAGCAGACUACAACAUCGCCACUGGGGGUUUCCUACAGAGCCUUGACCAGUCUAAUGCCUCAGACUGUGGUGACAGUACUGCUGUGAAGAACCGCAGCACAGUUCCCAAGGAAGUGCAAACGGACAAGGACGGCCCAGUCCUGCUGCCUUGCCCUGUUCGCUCUUAUCACGCCACCUACAUGUGGGAGAAGGACAACUGCAUUAAGCACUACCCCUGCACUAUCACUGGCUCAUCUUGUGUGCUGGCCCCGACCCCUGAUCUGCCCCUCAAAGAGGGUGUAUUCCGCUGCAUGGUUCUUGAGGGUGGCCUGAAACAGGAGGUGGUGUCCUACAGGCUGGUGUUCAAUGGCGGGCAGCUGCCUACUUCGCCAGCUUCCACACUGGGUUUGUCUCUGCUGCUGGCUCUGGCUGGCUUCUGGCUCAUGUAGGCCUUUGGGCUCACCAGCUCAGGGUCUUACUGGUGAUGAAGGCAAGGCACUUUGAUACCAAGGUUAGGUUCGCAGAGCAUGAGCACACACUAGACCUGCUAUGGUCAGGGUGCAGGAAAACAGCUGGUCGUCAUGCCACAUAAACUGUGCUUUUGCUUGUGAUUCGAGCAGGUACAGCAUUUUCUGUUUAUCACCAGAGAGCAUAGAAAAUGCCUGAAAAUUAACCAUUUACAAGAUGUAACAUUUAUAUCAGAGAUAAGUGACAUGGAUUUGUCAUGCAUUUUAAAUAUUUCAUGUUGUUGGCCACAUAACAACCACUGUAUUGGAAAUAUAUAAUCACAUAUGUAACACAAAGGGUUUGCACUGAAUAACAAAAUGCUUUUAAGUGUUACUGCUUUGCGAACCUAGCCUGAGAAACAAACAAACAAAAAAAAACAGGCUAAUCCCUUCUAUUUUCAAAAUCUACAUACUCCAAAUACUUUCAAAUUUUGGACAUCUAAAGAUGAGGUAAUGCUGUAACCUACAAAAUAUUAAAAUUGGAUUUUUCAUACAUUGAAAUAAUCACAGAUUCAAAGCCUUAAGAACAUACCUGGGACCUCACCCUAAGCACAAUUCACCAUUUGCGCAGAAUCUGGCUUGGCUUGUUGCAUUAUGCUGGGCCUUAUGUUGGGGUUUGUUCAUCUUUGUGCUGGACAGAAGGAGGAAAGGAACGGCACAAGCAAAAUGUGGAUUAUCCAAAUGUGUCACUGUGUAAAACGGCAUUACUGCUAACAUGAUCGCCUGUGCAUUAUAUUACAAUUACAGAGGCCCACAUUAUUUCAUACUUAUAUGCUCACGUGUGAUUACUUUUUUUCACAGAAAAGUGUUACAUUUUAAAACAUGAAAUGAUGGCCAAAUAAGCUUGAAUAUAUUAACUGUAGACUUGCAUUUUGUAGUUGCUGUGGAAAUAAGCUUGUGAUUAAUCUUACUUAUAUUGAUGUAACUGUAAUGCUCUGCACCACCAUUGCUGCCUAUGUAAAUGGAAAGAUUUCUUGACAGUUUUAUAGUCAAUGUGUGCUACAUCUUUAGAAUCCAGUUAAUUUAAUCUUAAAUUUGGGAAGGAUUUAAAUUUUUUUUUAUUUUUUUUUUUACAUAAAUAAAUAUCUUAGUGUCACAUUUCUACACAAACAGUUGCUCAUGUAGGAUACCGGAGAGAGAGAAGUUGGGAGAAAGAAAGAGAGAGUGAGACAGUCACUUAUUAGAGGAAUGUUUAAAGUGGAGCAUUCCUCAUUGUCUUGUUCCCAGAUCCAAGUCUCCCAAAGCAACUGACCCCAUAUGCCAAUUAUGUCUUUAACCUCAUUCAUUUCAUCUAACUGUGUCUCAAAUAUCAGAGCAAUGAGUCAACAUACUAAUAUUUAAAGUGUUACUAAUAUAAAAAAUAUUUACUAUGUGCCAUUUGCUGUCAGUUAUUUCUACUUUUAAUAGUCAACAUUGCUUUUGAUGUAUGUAUUGUUUUAUUUGUUUAUAAAGAAAAUGUUUUUGCACAUUUUCCCCAUUCUAAUCACUAACAUUACCAGGACCUGUGAUUCAUAGAUUUGAUCUAUGGACUAAAAUGUCUCUGCUGAAUCUUAAAUGAUUUGUGUAAUUUAGAUUUUAUUCAAGCGGCAUCUACCAGGAUACAAUGCUUGAAUUGGAUAACCAUUCAAUAAGAUGUUUGAUAAGUGUCUUAUCAAAUAAAGCCAUCUGAAAUAUUGUA